UACAAAGCAACGGUGGAAUUCGGAGGGCGACUGCCACGAGCGAGAUGCUGCUGUCGAAAGCCUACCUGAUUACCCACAGAGCUCUCUUCUUUGCCUUUCGCCAUGGCUUCACUCUCCUGCACACCAAAUCCGAAGCCCGAUCCCUCCUUCCCGCAUUUGCACCACCUCCGAUUUCCAGAGCCCUUAAAGGAUCCCAACUCCCCCAAUUUGCUGCGCUGGACGUCAACACGUACGCCAAGCUUCUAGAUUCUUGCACUCGAUUGAAAUUGCUCGCAGAAGGAAAAGAGAUCCAUCGACAGAUCUUUAUGCACAGCUCCUGUGCUAGAAACUCGGUUCUGCUUGAAAAGAUUGUUCAGAUGUACAUAUCCUGCAGCGAGACUGAGUCCGCUCGUCUCGUGUUCGAUGACGUGCCUCAGCCAAGUGUCUUUCUUUGGAAUGCUAUGAUCAGGGCUUACGCUUGGAAUGGCCCCUUUGAUCGAGCCAUUGGUCUGUAUGAACGAAUGAUGGAUUCUGGAGUCGAGCCAAAUAAGUUCACGUUCCCGUUUGUGUUGAAGGCUUGCUCGGGUUUGGAAGCACUCGAGGAUGGCAUUAAGAUACAUGAUGAAGUGAAAAGGGCUGGGCUGGAGUCGGACCUGUAUAUAUCUACUGCUUUGAUUGACAUGUACAUGAAAUGUGGUUGCUUAGAGGACGCAGAUGAGGUGUUUUGCAGAAUGCCGAAUAGAGAUGUUGUUGCAUGGAAUGCGAUGGUUGCUGGCUGCACACUUCAUGGGAUGUAUGAAGAGAUGGUUAGGUUUGUACUAGAAAUGCAAAGGAUGCGUACAAGGCCAAACCCCUCCACUCUGGUCGCCCUUCUACCUGUGGUCGGACAAGCGAAGGCACUGGGACAAGGAAAAAGCAUUCAUGCAUUUUGUACCAGGAGGUGCUUUGAUGAGGGAGAUGUGUUGGUGAAUACUGCACUACUGGAUAUGUAUGCAAAAUCUGAGUGUUUGGUUUAUGCUCGUAGAAUCUUUGACCACAUGAGAAUUAGGAAUGAAGUGACAUGGAGUGCGAUAAUUGCAGGAUAUGUUUUAUGUGGUAGGAUGGUAGAUGCACUGCAAGUUUUCGGACAGAUGAUAUCUGAAGGACCUUCCAUUGUGGGUCCAACUUCUCUCGCAAGUAUUCUUCGUGCUUGUGCAAGUUUGGGUGAUUUUGACCGAGGUAGACUGGUACAUAGUUAUCUGGUUAAAUCUGGGCUUCUUAUGGACAUUACAGUCGCAAACUCCCUACUCUCAAUGUAUGCUAAAGUUGGUACUAUCAGUGAUGCGAUCAGUUUCUUUGAUGAAAUGGAUACAAAGGACACAGUAUCAUACAGUGCAAUUAUAUCCGGAUGCAUCCAGAAUGGGAAUGCUGAAGAAGCUCUUGAUGUCUUCAGAGAAAUGGUAUCUUCUAGUAUGGAAGUGGAUGCUGCAACUAUGGUUGGAGUGAUCCCAGCUUGUUCCCACUUGGCUGCUCUGCAGCAUGGAAAAUGCAACCAUGCAUACAUCACCAGUCAUGGGCUUGCCUCAGAUUCCUCAGUAUGUAAUGCUCUGAUAGACAUGUAUGCAAAGUGUGGCAAAAUUGAGAUUGCAAGGAAAGUUUUUGAUACGAUGCCAAAGCAGGACACUGUAUCCUGGAAUACCAUAAUUGCUGGCUAUGGGAUCCAUGGGCUGGGUGAUGAAGCCAUCUCCUUGUUCUUGAGGAUGGAACCUGCAGGUUUAGUGCCUGAUGAUAUCACAUUCAUAUGCCUUUUGUCUGCUUGCAGUCAUUCGGGGCUAAUCGCUCAAGGAAAACACUGGUUUUAUGCUAUGACAGAGAUCUAUAAUAUUGUUCCGAGGAUGGAGCACUACAUUUGCAUGGUUGAUCUCUUGGGCCGUGGAGGUCUCUUGGAUGAAGCCUAUGAUUUCAUAAAAAAGAUGCCUUUUGAGGCUGACGUUCGUGUUUGGGUUGCCUUGCUUGGGGCUUGUCGAGUUCAUAAGAAUAUUGAACUAGGGGAAGAGGUGUCAAGAAUGAUCCAAAAGCUGGGACCUGAGGGCACUGGAAGCUUUGUUGCCCUAUCUAACUUAUACAGUGCCACAGGAAGAUUUAACGAGGCAGCACAAGUUAGAAUCAUGCAGAAAGAAAAGGGAUUCACUAAAAGCCCAGGAUGUAGUUGGUUUGAGAUUGGUGGUGUAGUUCAUGCUUUUAUUGGUGGAGAUCAAUCUCAUCCACAAUCAUCAAGUAUAUACCAAAAAUUAGAAGAGUUGUUAGUGGAAAUUAGGAAGUUGGGUUACCUAGCUGACACAAGUUAUGCUCUGCAUGAUGUAGAAGAGGAGGAGAAAGAACAUGCCCUCGUUUACCACAGUGAGAAAUUAGCAAUAGCUUUUGGACUUCUUAGACUAAGACAUGGUCAGCCCAUCUUCAUUACAAAGAACUUGCGUGUUUGUGGUGAUUGUCAUAAUGCUAUUAAGUAUAUCACCUUGGCUGCAAAAAGAGAUAUUACUGUAAGAGAUGCAAACCGGUUUCACCAUUUUAAGGAUGGGAUGUGCAGUUGUGGAGAUUUUUGGUAAUAAUGUGUCAAAAUGAUUAUCAGGAUGCAUGAAAUGCAACCUAUGAUGCUUAACACCACCACAAGGUGAUUCAUAGUGUGAACAGAAGUCUCCAUUGAUACAAGUUCUUACCUUAAUUGGUGUGGACUGUGAGAGCUAUGAAGCAUAUCGCCAUGCCACCAUGGUCGACAAAAGAGCUCCUGUUUAGGAAAUGACACAUCAUCGUCUAAAAGAUGGGAUGUCAAUAUCUGGAAAUUUUGUUGCUUCUAUCUUCUAAACAUGGUAUGAUAAUGAUGAUGGUUUAGUCCUCAAUGUACAACCAAAAAGUGUUCUAGAGGAUAUUGAAUGCAUUCCUGGAUACUUUUUUGGUGUAAAAAAUGAGUGGUACAGAUGGUGAAUUGAGUUUAGCUGUCGGUAGCAGUCAAUAUUAGGAGCAAAGACAAAUUACAUUCUCGACAACCAUUGCCAAGUGUUGGUCAUUGUAGUGAUGAAAUAUUGAAUUUAACCUCCAUGUUCAAGAUGCUGCAUCUAAAUAUCUACAUCCAACAUGCAAGGGUAUGCAAUGUAGGACAACUAGCAUGCAAAGGAAAUCUGGAUUCGUAGCUGAGAUUCAUGUCCUUGAUGAUCAAAACCAGCAUGUCCAAGCACUAAAAGUUGGUGCUUGUUUCACCAACUACUACCGUAAACAAGAGUAAUUCGCUAUCCUUCAUAUAGUGUGCAAUGUAGUUUACAAUAUUUCAGUUAAAAUAAGAAAUUUGUUUUGCCAGCAUACUUGUAUCUUAGACCACACCAAACGCUAUAUAUCAAGAAUGAU